AUGGCUGCUCCUUGGCCCUUUGUUGCAUGGGGAAUGGAUGUAAUCGGACCAAUUGAGCCCAAAGCCUCUAAUGGACAUCGAUUCAUUUUGGUUGCGAUUGAUUACUUCACCAAAUGGGUGGAGGCGUUAACUUUCAAAGCAGUCACUAAGAACGCGGUCGUGGAUUUUGUUCAUUCAAACAUUAUUUGUCUAUUUGGUAUCCCAAGAGCUAUCAUCACAGAUAAUGCCGCAAACCUCAAUAGUAAUCUGAUUAAGGAGGUAUGCGAGCAGUUCAAAAUUGUGCACCACAAUUCUACUCCAUACCGACCGAAAGCCAAUGGAGCUGUGGAGGCAGCCAACAAGAAUAUUAAAAAGAUUCUCAGAAGGAUGGUUCAAGGCACUAGACAAUGGCAUGAGAAACUGCCUUUUGCACUUUUAGGAUAUUGCACAACAGUGCGUACCUCGAUUGGCGCAACUCCUUAUUUGCUGGUGUAUGGAACUGAGGCUGUGAUUCCAGCAGAAGUUGAAAUUCCAUCUCUUCGAAUUAUUGUUGAGGCUGAAAUUGAAGAUACCGAAUGGGUCAAAACCCGACUAGAGCAACUCGCAUUAAUAGACGAGAAACGAUUGACGGCUGUCUGUUUUGGUCAGCUUUAUCAGCAAAGGAUGGCUCGUGCAUACAACAAAAAAAGUGCACCCAAGACACUUUGA